AUGUCUUCCUGGCUGGGGGGGCUGGGCUCCGGCCUGGGCCAAUCUCUGGGUCAGGUGGGGGGGAGCCUGUCCUCCCUGACCGGACAUAUCUCCAGCUUCACCAAAGACAUGCUGCUGGAGGGGGCCGAGGAGACAGAAGUCGGCGGCGAGGGACAAUUAUCCAAGUUCAGAGACAUUGAGAGCCUCCAGGCUAUGCAGAGGUCAGAGAAUGAGCGGAUGAAGAAGCUGUGUACGGAGCUGGAAGAGAAGCUGGAAGCGGCCGAGCUACAAGUGAAGCAGCAGAGCGCCGACUACAGAACCCGGCUGCAGCAAAAAGAGGUGGAAGUAAGUCAUCUGAAAGCCAAGCUGAACUCGCUGCAGGAUGAAGUACAGAAGUCGCAGGUCUCAGCGCAGCUGUCUAGCAUCACUCUUCAAGCAGCCGACUCUCCGGCCUUCAUGUCCAGUAUCCCGCCUCCCUCCUCCAGCUUCCAGGGGGACGACAUGGACUUUAGUGACGUCAUCUGGUCUCAGCAGGAAAUCAACAACCUCUCCAGUGAAGUGAAGCCAGGCUGCAGGCAGAGGUGACCCACUGGAAGCACGUGGCCCAGGUAACAAAGUCUCAAGGCACGCAGAGUCCUGACUCAAAGGAGAAUGGAAUGUUACAGAACACUGUCAAGGACUUGAAGGAGAAGCUGAGCCGACAGAUUGAUGAACACCAGCAUGAGCUCUCCGUCUUACAAGAUGCCCAUCGGCAGAAGCUGGCGGAGAUCACACGGAGACACCGCGAGGAGUUGGGUGAAUAUGAAGAGCGGAUCGAGGAACUGGAGGAGCAGAUGAAUGCAGGUGUGGAUGGCACUUCUGACCAAUCUAAAAUGUUUGAACUCCAGAAAACCGUCCGCUCUCUAGAAGCAGAGAAAGCUGACCGCGCCCAGGAGAUCAGGAUUUGGAGCGUCGGCUGAGAGAUCUGACGUCCGUUGUCUCUGCUGCGGAUGAAGAGAAAAUGUCUCUGCGGCAGGAGAAAGCCUCCGCGGAGAACGAGAGGAAUCGGCUGGCUGCAGAGUGCGAGAGAUUGCUCGCCGAGUUAACGCAGCUACAAACCGCGCACGAGUCUGAUGGCAGGAGGGAAGUCACCAGCUUACAGGAAGAGGUCCUGCGGCUACAAGAAGCCCUAAUUGAUGCUGAAAAAGGGAUGCGCAAAGAAGCACCAACAGAUCAGGUGCUGCUGGGGGAUACGGACCGCACUACUUCCUCCGGGGAGGCCGAUGUCACCUGCGAGCAGCUGAGGAAUGAUCUAGAGGAGAGCCAGAGAAGGCUGGAAGAAAGCAUCACAGAAAAGGAGUCCCUUACUACAGAACUAGAGGAACUGGACCGACAGAAUCAAGAGGCCAUGCAGCACUUGCUGCAUAUGAAGGAGCAGCUGUCCAAGCAGAAGGCCGGUUCCGAUAUUCGUGUGGCUCAGAUGAAUGAGGAGCUACAGCUAUCGAGAGAGAGAGAAUCGAACGCCGUUGCAGAAAUCAGAAAAUUAUAUGAACUGUUGCAGUCUGAAGAGGAGAAGCUGAGGCACGCUGAAAAAGUUUUCAGCAACGUACAAGCAAACAAUCGACAGCUUACAGUCCAGAUGAACGAGCUACAGGAGGUUGUUAAAAAUUUGGAAUCCAGAAAUUCCGGUACUAAGAAGGAAUAUGAAAAGCUUCAGGAGAGCCUGAAGCUGGCAAGAGAAGAACUUAGGGUGGCCCAACAGGAGUCACUCUCCCGACAUGAGAUCCAAGGCGAUGGUGAACACGAAAAAGAGAUUAAUAGGUUAAAUCUUCAACUUUCAGAAACUAGACAGUUGAAAGAAGACUUGGAGAAUGAGAUUUGUGACUUGAAGAUGGAGAAUGAGAUGUUACUGUCAACCCAAGAACAAGCAAAGCAACAACUGCAAGAAGUUGUGGCCUCUAACGGCAAGGAAGCUUUGGAAAAACAGACAGUCAUCGAGGCCCUCAGGAUGGAGAAGAGCCGUCUAGAAAUGGAGCUGAACCAACUGGAAAACAGACUUCAUGAACAGGCUCAGAAGUAUGAACGAACCAUCCGUGAACUUUCAAAUGCCCAAAAGAUGGACACCUCUGCUUUACAGCUUGAGCACGAGCGAAUUGUUAAGCUCAACCAAGAAAAAGACUUUCAGUUAGCAGAGAGCAAACGGACUAUAGAGCAGCUUGAGAUGGAUUCUGAGGAGACCAAGGAGAUGCUGACAAGUACCUUAGAGGGGCAGAAACAGCUCACUGAACUUAUUAGAGAGAAGGAAAGUUUUGUCACUGAGCUCAAGGAGAAGAAACUGGAGUUGCAAAGACAACUUGAGGAACAAACCAAAACGACAAAAGAACGUGACGUCUUAAGACAGAGCAUUGAAGAGAAGGAAAAACUUCUUGCUUCAAUGAAGGAAGACAACAGCCACCUUAAGGAGGAAAUUGAAAGGUUGAAGGACCAGCAGAGCCGGUCCCAGCCGGUGGUGGACCCAAAAACAUUAGACAUCAUUACAGAACUGGAGGCAGAAAUAACGCAGCUGACCAAAGUCCAGAACCAUUAUGAAGAAGAGCUGAAACUUCAGAAGAAAGCAGUCGAAAAACAAAAUCAAAAUGCUGCUCAACUUCAAAAAUCUCUUCAGGAAAAAAUCAAAGAAGUCAAUGAAGUAACGUUACAGCACAAGGAGAUGGUGGACACAUAUGAGAAGCUACUUGCUGAAAAAGACAGUGAAAUCUCGAGUCUGCAACAGACCAACGAAUUGAUCAGCUCCCAGCUGCAAAACGAGCAUCUUAUCCAGACAGAUUCCUCUGUUAUACUCCAUGAUACCAAGGCACAAACGAUCAACAAUGGUGAUAACGGCACAGAGAAGCACGAUCUAUCUAAAGUGGAGGUUGAGAGAUUGGUCAAGGGUAUCAAAGAGAAAGAGAUGGAGAUUAAGAUUCUCAAUGAAAAGAACUUUAACUUGACCAAACAUAUUGACCAGCUGUCUAAAGACGAAGUGGGAAAGCUCACUCAGAUCAUCCAACAAAAAGACUUAGAAAUACAAAAUCUUCACGCCCGAGUUUCCUCGGUCAGUUACAUGCAAGAUGUAGUCUAUCUACAGCAGCAGUUGCAAGCCUAUGCAAUGGAGAGAGAGCAGGUUCUAGCCGUCCUAAGUGAGAAGACCAGGGAAAACAGUCAGCUUCGAACUGAUUACCACAAAAUGAUGGACGUGGUGGCUGCCAAAGAGUCGGCCCUUUUGAAACUUCAAGAUGAAAACAAGAGACUUUCGCUCAGCCAAGAAGGCACCAACCAAGAGAUGUUUAGAGAGACCAUCCAGAAUCUCUCCAGAAUAAUUAGAGAGAAGGAUAUCGAGAUAGAUGCCUUAAGCCAGAAAUGUCAGACCUUGUUGACCGUUCUUCAGACCUCCAGUUCGGAGAAUGGCAGUGACCUUGGAGGUGUCAAUAGUAAUCAGUUUGAGGAACUGUUGCAGGAACGGGAUAAAACUCAAGCAGCAAGUGAAGAAGAUGGAAGAGUGGAAACAUCAGGUAAUGACCACUGUCCAGAACAUGCAACACGAGUCUGCUCACUUCCAGGAGGAGCUUCACAAGCUUCAGGGGCAGAUCAACAAGGAGAGUGAUUCUAGCUCUAAAUUGCAAGUAGACUACAACCACCUCAUUCAGAGCUAUGAAAACAAUGAGAAGAAACUCAAAGAUUUCAGCCUAGAGCUGAGUAAUGUUCAAACCAGUAUUGGUGAACUCAACAGCACAAAAGAACAUAUACUUGGUCAACUUCAGGUCAGUAAAUACACCGCAAGUCCAGUUGAGACUCCCUUGGGGGCACCUCCAGAGCACAAAAGUGGCAAUUUUUCAAUUGUUCGAGAAUGUGAACAACUGAGGAUUCAAAUUCAAGAGAGGGAUAUCACCAUUCGAACCCUUCAAGAGAAUAACCAGCGAUUGUCAGACUCCAUGGCUAAAACAUCGGAGCAAGGUCGCCGGAGCCAGGAGGAGACCACCUCUGAGCUCAAGCAGAUGAAGGACAAAAACGAACUCUUUCAGAAGGCUCUAAAAGACAAGGACAUAAUGAUAAAGACAAAGGGCGAUAAAUUAAACUCCACCGUCGAAAACCUGAAGAACAAAGAGAAUGAGAAUGAGCUGCUGAGGCAGGCCGUCACCAACCUCAAAGAGAGGGCUCUUAUUUUGGAAAUGGACAUCGGCAAGCUGAAGGAAGAAAACGAAAAAGUGGUGGCCAAAGAGAAGGAAAAAGAAACAGAGUUUCGAGCAUUACACGAGACCAACAUGCAGUUUUCCUUGUUGCUCAGAGAGAAGGAAUUUGAGUCCAGCUCGAUGAAGGAGAAAGCAUCUGCUCUGGAAAACCUUCUUAAAGAAAAGGAACAGGGAAAGGCCGGGGAAUUGAACCAGCUGCUGAAUGAAGUGAAGUCGAUGCAGGAGAAGGCGGUUUUGUUCCAGCAUGAGCGGGAUCAGGUCAUGUUGGCUCUCAAACAGAAGCAGAUGGAAACCAGUGCUCUCCAGAAUGAGGUCCAGCAUCUACGAGACAAAGAACAGCGCCUCAAGCAGGAACUGGACCGGCUGCGCAAUCACCUGCUGGAAAUGGAGGACUCCUACACCCGCGAGGCUGUGGCCGCUGAGGAUCGGGAGAAGGAACUCCGAAAGAAAGUGGCAAUCUUAGAAGAGAGGCUUUUAUCUUCCUCCACAGCAGUGGAGACAGCCAGUCACCAGGCUACGAUACAGGUGGAGUCUCUACAAGAGCAGCUCAGUAUGGUGUCCCGUCAGAGAGAUGAGGUUUCACAGCAACUGAUCAUGUCCAAGAGCAAGUCAAACAAUACGCGUUAUCGCUGACCAACCUGCAGAUGGUGCUAGAGCAGUUCAGCAAGAGGAGAAGGCCAUGUACUCUGCAGAGCUGGACAGACACAGGAGACAGAACACAGAGCUGAGGCAGAAGGUGGAAAUACUGGAAGAUAAAGCAUUGUAUCUGCAGGAGCAAUUAGAAGAAGCCAACAAUGCACUAGAGUCGGCGUCCCGACUUACCGAACAGCUGGACCUGAAAGAGGAGCAGAUAGAGGAGCUGAAGAGACAAGGUGAACUGAAGCAGGAGAUGCUGGACGAUGCUCAGAAUAAGCUCAUGAAUCUGCUCAACAGCACUGAGGGGAAGGUGGACAAGCUGCUGAUGCGGAAUCUGUUUGUCGGGCACUUCCACACCCCAAAAAACAAGCGUCACGAGGUCCUGCGUUUAAUGGGCAGCAUCCUCGGACUAAAGAAAAACGAGAUGGAUGAGCUGCUGGUGGAGGAAAACCGCGGUGUAACUAGGUGGGUGACUGGUUGGCUUGGAGGAGGAUCAGCCAAGAGUGUCCCCAACACCCCCCAAAGACCGACCCAUUCAUCCCUUCUAAACAGGUCAUUUUCAGAGUUGUUUGUCAAUUUCCUGGAGACGGAAUCCCUGCCGAAACCCCCUCCCCCCAGGCUGACGAUGCAGGACAUAACACCCCUGGGCACUUCCAGCGGGACUCAGAGCACCAGCGGGUCUGCGGCGCUUCCAGGUUCUGGAUCCAGUCGAAGGCAGGAAUCGAACCCCUUCUUGGCUCCUCGUUCGGCUGCCAUCCCCCUCAUCUCCCCGGCAUCCCUGGGAGGGGGCACCUCAGGGCACCUUCUCAUGAAGCCCAUCUCGGACGCCCUGCCCACCUUCACCCCCCUGCCCGUCUCCUCAGAUGCCAGCGCCGGAGCGGUACUGAAGGACCUCUUGAAGCAAUAA